CUCUCUUUUUUUGCCUCUCUCUCUCUAUCUCUUCUCUUUACGUUCUCUUUCUCUCUCUACAGUUCGGGAAGGAGGAACGAUGGAUGCUUCUGUGAGAAUGCCGUAUUUCUUUGUUGAGGACGAUGGAUCAGAUUCUUUUCUGGAUGUGGAAGCUGGAUUUUCUGGAAACCAGUACAGCCAAUAUCCUCAUCUUUUCUUCCCCCGGCCGAGGAUUUGCCAUGGUGGCGCUCACCCUUGCGGUGGUUCCAGAAACAUCUCGAUUUCCUGCUCGAGCAUUUCUCCGAGGUUUUGCCGCGGGAGAUUUGAAGAUCAUCCUUACCGUUUCUUGGAAGCUUGUUUUCUCUGCAAGAAGGCGCUUAAUGAUGACAAAGACAUUUUCAUGUACAGAGGAGACACUCCAUUUUGCAGCGAAGAGUGUCGACAGAAGCAAAUCGACAUGGACGAAGCGAAAGAGCAUAAGAUGAAUCUAUCAUCGUCCAUAAAAGCCAUGAGAAAUUUAGAUCAAUCCACUUCUACGGACAAGUCUAUCACCAACCACGACUGCUGUUUCCUUGUCGGCACGGUGGUGGCGGCGUAGAUCGAUAGAUACUCAUACCUAUACGUAUUAAUCAUUCCCGGAAAAAGAGGAGAAAAUUUGAAGAGUAAAGAAGAAAAAGAAAACCGGGAAGAGCAGAGAGUUCGUUUUUGUUUAGAUUCUCGUAAAAAAAAAAUUAUGCAACUGUGAAUGAAUUAUGUUUAUGGAUGGUGGUGGUGAUCAGUGAGGAAGUCUUGUGUUCAUUUUUCUACUGGGAUUUGCUCAUCUUUUCGUUUUUUUUUCUUCUGUGCAUCUUUUUGGGGCUUUGUUUAUGUAUAUUAUAUUAUAAGCUUUAAUGGAUGGUGAAGAAAUACUAAUGAAAUGAGAAAUUUAGCUUUUUACUAGAA